GGCAUUAUCGACCUGUACGCCAUCUGAUUUGCCGCCGCGUCGUUUCCAGACGAAACGCAGUCCGCCGCUCAUUCACGUUCGCUACGAUCCCGUGCCCGAAAAAACACACAAAUACUCACUUACACUCACGAACUAACUCUCUUGCACACACACAAAUACUCACUAACGGACAUACACACAAACCUUUACUUACGCAUACACACAUACAAACCCUUACUUACACAUAUACACACACACAUACACAUAUAUUAAAAUCAAACAUGUUAUAUACAGUGGUUACUAUCACUUUGCCGUCGUAAUAAAUUAUUAUUGUUGCCGUCGCGGAUCGAUAUACGAGUGCCAAUAUUUCGAGUUGAUUUUGCUGUCGUCGCGAGUUGCAUGUGCGCCAUGGACAGUCCGAUGCCGCUUUUACUGUGACCGUAGUCGUAGAUUCUUCACGGAGUACCGUCGCCGACAGACAUUUGGGGUGCUGGCGGGGCGGUAGCGAAGCGAAGAACGACGGCGACGGCGGCGGCGGCAGUGGUGACUUCGGAGGUGGCGGGGGCGGUGGCGGCGGAGACGACGACAGAGGCUGCGGCAGUGACUGUUGAUCGGUUCGACGAAUUCACUGUCAUGGACGCCGCUAUGUCGAAAGCUGACUGACGACCACCGCCAGUAAGUCAUGAAACAGAAGAAGAAGAAAGACGAACCGCAGCGGCCGCCGUCCGGUACAGACGAACAGCAACAGCAGCAGCUAUGCAACGGCGCGAGCGAGCCGAGACCCAAGAAAUCGGCUCUGAAACGCACGGCAACCGGUGGCGGCUCCAAGGCGGCCAAGUCCAGCAAGCACAAGCGGCACGUGCAGUUCAACGAGAGCCUGAACGUGUUCUUCGAAUCAGACUACGUGAUUGUCAUCCGGGACGAUGACUGCGAGUUCGACGAGGAGGACUUUGACUUUUGGUCGCAGCACCCGUGCAGCUGUGGCGAUGCCACGUGUUUUCAACCGUGGCUGGACGAUGAAGACAGCCGUGGCAUGCCACCACUCGACCCGUAUGAAGAACAGCCAGCCACGCUCAGUCCACCGGAUGGUUACAAGGAUGGCUGUCCCAGGCACGUCCCGCCGUCUCUGGACCACCUGAAAUACGCAGAUGAUGAUUUGGCUACAAGAUAUGGUUCGGAUGCUAUGGAUGGUUGCAGCGAUACGCAUGUCGCCAUGCCAUAUAAUUCCAAUGUCAACUCCACGUCCUAUUUCGAGGAUAACAAUCAAAAAGCUCGUCAUGAACUUUCAUCCUUACCCUGGCCAAGUAAAGACGAACAGAAGCAGCAGCAGCAGCAGCAACAACAGCAACAGCAGCAGCAGCAACAGCAACAGCAACAGCAACAGCAACAGCAACAGCAACAGCAGCAGCAGCAGCAGCAGCAGCAACAGGCACAGCCACUAACAAACGCAUCCGCCCUUCAGUUGACGAAAACAAACACUGCCUGUGAUACAAAUUCAAGUACGGGCCAGCAACCACGGUGCAUCGUGGAAACAAUAACCAUGACCACGGUUACCGAGAGGCAGAUCGUACAGGAGACUAGGCCCGUGGAUGGGUCCGGUAUUGAAGGCGCUAGCAAGACCGAAGAUGCAAAAGCCGUCACCGGUGCCACUGCCGUCGCCCCCGACGAGGGGUAUGUAAUGAUUAAAUGUGGUAAUAAUACUAUGCUGUACAACAACCGUAACCCAAACUCGGCAGUGCGACAGUUAUUUCCGACCACUAAGUUCGUGUGCCCGCCAACCCGCAUCAAAGAGACAGACGACGCGAGGCUGCUGAACAAAUAUUUGAUCACCGAAGAGUCACUCCGGGCGUUUGACAGUCGAUCGAUGAACGGUGGCUUGGGCGGUGGAGGGUUCAAGAGCGAACAGCAUAGCGACGACGACGAUGAUGAUACGUCCAACAGCCUCAUCAGGCGAACCAUCGAAAGGAGUACUCUGAGGCGGAACACUGUGAAAAAAAAGAACGUCAACGACUCAAAAGAGAUAUCGUUGAUCGAGAAGAUCCGGCGGCUGACGUGCGACAGCGACGACGAUGCCGACGACCCGGCCAAGAAGGCGUCGGGCGUCAUGCAGGAACAGGCGACCGCUUACACUGUGUUGGUGCAGUGUGAUUCGGUGACGCCAUCAGCGGCAGCCACUACUCCGGCGUACAAAAAACUCACAGAAUUGUUGGGCAGUGGUAGUGGCACCGGCCGGUAUGAUCAACCGCUGCCGCCACCAGUUGUUCAAUCGACGAACGACGGUGACCCGACUGGCAAAGCCGACGGACUAGACCUUUGCGACGGUCACUCGGCUGCCAGCAGCAGAGCGGCCGCCCGAUCAGCCACCGGUGGCAAACCUUUCCUGUCCACUUUAGCGACGGCGUGCGUCACGGGCAACGUGCAUCCAGCCACCGGAGGAUCGGUGGCGGGAGGGGCAUCACAACCAUCGCAUUGUCCGCAACCGGACGUGGUAGCCGGCACUCAAGCUCCUAGCUCACACAGGCAGGAAGAGCUUGCAGCGUUCGUGCAACAGGACUCAGGUCGCCUGGAGAAGAUCCGCAAGCGAUAUAUGCCUCCCACAGCCACCGCGUCCGCGACUGAGGACGACGACGACGAGAACGACGAUUAUGGGUUCAAUCGACGGCCGGAAGUGCAUGGCAUCCGGUCCGGGUUCUCUGCGCAGAUCACCAUCAAGAACAAUCCGCAGCCGCCGCAACGUCCCCGGUCGUAUUAUGGAGAACCGGCCCUGCAGACGGCGCCACUCGACGUCCAGCCCGACUUUGUGCCCAGAUAUCCAGCGGCCACGGUGGCGUCUGUCCGCGCCCGGAUUCAAGGUGACACGCGAGCCCCCCCUCCGUACCCAGCCGCGGCCCAACGAUCCAUCAUCAGAGUGACGCACGGUCAACAACAGCAGACCAUUCGCGUGCCGUACCAAGCGGUAGGUCCCGUUCAGGUACACCUGUUGACCACAGCUGCAGCGGCCGCGUCCACCGCCACCGGCAACGUCACCGGUCACCCACCGCCGCCACAGGUUCAAAUCCGACACCCUCCAAACGAGUACAUCGUCCAACACGGCCAUGCCAGAAUACACCACGGCCAACAGUUUGUUAUCGCCCGUGGCACCCAGACGGCCGCGAUAUCGACCACUCGGUAUUACCAGUUACCACCGCCCCCACCGCCCAACAUUCAGCAGCAGCAGUUACCGCAACCGCAGUUACCACCUCACCCUUUCCAACCGUCUGACGAACAUCUGGCGACACAAUUCAAACAGACAUCUCCCACCAGAGGAGUUGCAAAUAACAGUAGGCUACACAUGCAACAGCAGCAACAGCAACAAGACUAUGUCGACCAUAAUAAUUUACCGUCGUCGGUCUCGCAAACGCCCAAAAACCCAAUGCUUUUUUACGGUAUGAAUGUCUGAAUGGUGGUGGUUUAUACAGGCUCAGCAUAGCGUUUAAGUGUAUUACCUACUACCUAAUAUGAAACCUAUGUGUACAAUAUGUAUGUAUAUUGUAUAUUGUAUGUAUAUAUGUAUGUAUG